GUCCUUCCGCGGCCGCAACCCUGACCACUCCCCUUCCACAGUCCAAUACCCAACAGACCCAAUUAAACCAAAAUCAAUCACAAACCAGCCAAGAAACCAAACAAACCGCCCUGAUCCCCGCACGCACGGGGCAAAGGUGCAUCUGGGACGGACCUUGUCCCCGCGGUGGCCUCGGUGACAAUGGCGGUGACGGCGCUUGCGGUGCUGGCGGCCCUGGCGCUGCUAUUGUGGGGGGUGACAUCCCAUUUCGCCCCCUUCUUAUUGCCGGACCUCGCCGCGUUCGCUUUGGCCGCCCGCUCGGCGUUCCGGUGCCGCUGCCGACUACGCCGCCAACCGCCCGUCACCCUAUUGGACGUGUUCCGGUCCCACGCGCGGCGGCGGCCGCGCCGGGUGCUGCUCCGCUUCCAGGAGGAGGUUCACACCUACGGGGACGUGGACGCGCGGAGCGACCGCGCCGCCCGCGCGCUGCUGCGGCGCCUGGGGCUGCGGCCGGGCUGCGCCGUGGCGGUGCUGCUGCCCAACGGCCCGGCCUACGUGUGGUGCUGGCUGGCGCUGGCCAAGCUGGGCUGCCCCAUGGCGUGCGUCAACACCGGGGCGCGCGGCGCGGCGCUGCGGCACGCCGUGGCCGCCGCCGGGGCCACACGGCUGCUCAGCACCCCCGAGUUUCGCGUGGCCGUGGAGGAGGCGCUGCCGGAUCUUCACCGCGACGGCGUCCGCGUCUUCUACCUGAGCUCCACGUCGCCCACGCCCGGCGUGGAACCGCUGUUACCGGACAUCGAGGAUGAACCCCCCGAGCCCGUCGACCCCCAGUACCGCGCCGGCAUCACCCCCAACUCCACCGCCCUCUACAUCUUCACCUCCGGCACCACCGGGCUUCCCAAGGCCGCGGUGAUCACGGAGAUGAAGCUGAUGAUGGUGGCCAACCUGGGGCGGCUGUGCGGCCUGCGGCCUGACGACGUGAUCUACACCACGCUGCCGCUCUACCACUCGGCCGGGCUGCUCGUCGGGGUGGGCGGAUGCUUCGAGCUCGGAGCCACCUGCGUCCUACGGGCCAAGUUCUCCGCCUCCCAAUUCUGGGACGACUGUCGCCGCUACAACGUCACCGUCAUCCAAUACGUGGGCGAGCUGAUACGCUACCUCUGCAACACGCCCAAGCGCCCCGACGACCGCGAGCACGGGGUGCGCGCGGCCUUGGGCAACGGGCUGCGGGCGGACGUGUGGCGGGAGUUCCUACAGCGCUUCGGGCCCGUCGCCGUCUGGGAGUUCUACGGCGCCACCGAGGGCAACGCCGGCUUCGUCAACUACACCGGGAAGAUCGGGGCCGUGGGCAGGGCCAACGUCUUCCUCAGGCGUUUCGCUCCCUAUGAGCUGAUCGAGUACGACGUGGAGGAGGACGAACCCGUCCGUGAUGAGCGAGGUCUUUGCAUCCCCGUGUACCCCGGUGACACGGGGCUGCUGGUCAUCAAGAUCACCAAGAGCACCCCGUUCCACGGUUACAUGGGUGACACCCAGAAGACAGAGAAGAAGAUCUUGAGGGACGUCUUGGUGAAAGGUGACGCCUAUUUCAACAGCGGCGACCUCCUCAUGAUCGACCGGGAGGGAUUCGUCUACUUCCAGGACCGAGUGGGAGACACGUUCCGUUGGAAAGGCGAGAACGUGGCCACGACGGAGGUGGAGGCCACAAUGGCCACUGUGAGCUUCAUCCAGGAGGUCAACGUCUAUGGCGUGACCGUGCCGGGGUGCGAGGGCCGCUGCGGCAUGGCCGCCGUCCGCCUGCGUCCCGGCCGGGCCUUCGACGGCAAACAGCUCUACGGCGUCACCAGCGCCGCGCUGCCCGCCUACGCCGCACCACGCUUCCUGCGCAUCCAGGACUCCCUGGAGGUGACGGGGACAUUCAAGCAGCGCAAGACGCAGCUGGUGCGCGACGGCUUCGACCCCGGCGCCAUCGCCGACCCGCUCUUCAUCCGCGACGACAGCGCCGCCUCCUACGUCCCCCUCACCCAUGACACCUUCGCCGCCAUCUUGGACGGGAAGCUCAACCUAUAGAACCCCCCCCCUGGGGGCACAACCUAUAGAACCACCCAAGGGAGCGACCGCCACGGGAUUAAACCCCCCCGGGAUCAGUUUUCCUAGAAAA